AUGACGCAAAAUCUUCUUUUGCAAAAAAUUACUUUUAACAAUGAUGGUGAAAAUUAUGUUAACAAUCAAGUUGUUGCAACAUUUCCUUGUUUAAUCGAAACUGGUUGGCAAUGCUUUAAAGCAAAAAAUACUAGUGAUCUUGAAGAAAUGCCUUUUGAACCAGAAAAGUCGUUAAUUGAAUGGGCUAAAAAUGCUGAUGAUAAAGACCUAUUGCAACGUCCAUCAAUUGAUCUUGCUUUAGAAGAUGUUACAGAUACCGGAGGAGUAUUCAAACAAACCAUUUUACAUUAUGGACAAUGGCCCCAAUGGUUGAAUAAAUUCCAUAUCCAAUAUUUGAUCGAUGAAAAAAUUGAACACGAAAAGAUUUUGAAAGAAUGCAAUCCUAUUUUCUAUAAAUUGGUUCGUCAAUUAAAGAAAAAGAAGUCUAAUUUUAAUGAUUUAUUACAUUCUUGGAUGAACAACUGUGAUAUUAAUAUUGAUCAUAUCAAAACUUUAAAUAAUAAUGAAGCUGCUUCUUAUGUAGCUAAAUACGAAGUCAUUACAAUUAGGAAAAAUGCUCUUGAUGAUUUCAAACUAGGAUUUAACAAAUUUAAUAUCAUCAAUGAAUUAAAAAAUUACAAAUAUCAUAAUAUAGUUCGUGAAUUAUACUAUAAAAUUACAUAUAAUAUCGUAAUUGAUCAAUUCGAUUCUGAAUACAUUGAACUACAAGCACAAUCACAUAAUAAACCACAAUAUCGACUAUUAUAUGAAGAAUUUAAAGAAUUAUUAAGAUCAAUGGAUGAAGAAGAGCUUAAUAAUGUUAUGAAGUUUGCAAUUGGAUCUAGUAUUAUUCCAGCAUUACCAAAAAUCAAAAUUUCGUGGGUCAAGCUUAAUACAGAUGAAGUAAAACUAUGGCAUAAUAGGUUACCACACGCUUCUACAUGUGGAAAUCUUUUAACCUUUUGUGAAAACUACGAAAUAUCGCCACAGGGGUUCAAUACUUUUAAGGAGGACUUACGUAGUGGAUUUAUAAAUCAUGAAGGUUUCUCAGAACCAGUUUAUUCAAGAAACUAUAACAGUAAUUUCAUUUUACAGAAUGAAAUUAAUAAUGAAUUGGAAUUUUCAAGUUCACAGCUUAAUAAUACAGCAACUGGAACGCUUGUUCAACCAGCAUCUAAUAUUAAUUCUGGCAAUUCAGUUGAGAAUGCCAUUCCCGUUGAUGCAUUAGAGUUAAGCACAGAUUCUUAUCAGAAUGUUAAUUCAAAUAUUCCGAAUGUAAGACAAAUGGUAACAUUCCGUUGGGUUAAUGUAACCAAUCCACUAGAACGUAGAACUAGGAGGGAGUCUGCUGAGUUUUAA